UAGUCAGGCCAUCUCUUAGGACACCUAUUUCUAGCCUGAGCGCCUUCUGUUGCCGUCCCCGCUCUUCUGUCGGGAUCCGCCGCUAACGUGAAGCUGGACCCAGAAUUUCUUCAGAAAUGUCGGUGAGGGAGUCCUUUAACCCAGAAAGCUAUGAGCUGGAUAAGAACUUCAGGCUCACACGUUACGCUGAGCUCAAGGGCACAGGAUGCAAGGUUCCUCAAGACGUUUUACAGAAACUACUAGAAUCCUUACAGGAAAACCACUAUCAAGAAGAUGAACAUUUUCUCGGGGCAGUUAUGCCUCGACUAGGCAUAGGCAUGGACACAUGUGUCAUCCCUCUCAGACACGGUGGGCUGUCUCUCGUCCAGACAACAGAUUACAUUUAUCCUAUUGUGGAUGACCCCUACAUGAUGGGAAGAAUUGCUUGUGCCAACGUUCUAAGUGACCUGUACGCCAUGGGAGUGACAGAGUGUGACAACAUGUUGAUGCUUCUGGGAGUCAGCAACAAAAUGUCAGAGAAAGAAAGAGACAAAGUCAUGCCUCUGAUCAUUCAGGGAUUCAAAGAUGCUUCAGAGGAGGCGGGCACAUCUGUCACAGGAGGACAAACUGUGCUCAACCCCUGGAUAGUGAUGGGAGGAGUGGCUACAACCGUCUGUCAACCUAACGAGUUCAUCAUGCCUGACAACGCAGUCCCAGGAGAUGUGUUGGUGUUGACUAAACCUCUGGGAACACAAGUGGCUGUUGCAGUGCAUCAGUGGUUAGACAUUCCUGAGAAAUGGAACAAAAUCAAGUUGGUGGUAACACAGGAAGAUGUAGAGCUGGCCUACCAUGAAGCCAUGAUGAACAUGGCGCGACUCAAUCGAACAGCUGCCAGUCUCAUGCACACCUUCAAUGCCCACGCAGCCACCGAUAUCACAGGGUUCGGCAUCCUCGGCCACGCGCAGACGCUGGCACGACAACAGCGGAGCGAGGUGUCGUUCGUCAUCCACAACCUGCCAGUGCUCGCCAAGAUGGCUGCUGUGUCCAAAGCCUGUGGGAACAUGUUUGGGCUCAUGCACGGCACCUGCCCAGAAACCUCAGGAGGCCUGCUUAUCUGUUUGCCCCGGGAGCAGGCUGCCCGCUUUUGUGCCGAAAUCAAGUCCCCAAAAUACGGAGAGGGCCACCAAGCAUGGAUCAUUGGGAUUGUAGAGAAAGGAAACCGCACGGCUCGUAUCAUCGACAAACCACGAAUCAUAGAGGUGACGCCACAAGCAUCCACGCAGAAUGUCAACCCAACACCCGGGGCAACUUCCUAAACCUCCGUUUCAUAGACCUGAACCCGAAACCUCUGUUGAGAGAUUUUAGACCUAUAAACUACAAAAUCAUUGUAGAGUGUUGAAAUAUGUACACACAAUAGUAAAAAAGAAAAAAAAACACAACUAAGACUGGGUUGGCGUGCAUUAUCAUGGAAAGAGCCCCUCUCUGUGACCUCGAGGACAUGUCACCACCCAGUGGACUCAAGUGGCAGUGUCCCCGUGAUAUGAAAUAGACAAAAAAUAGAGCAUACUUAUUCAUUUGCCUUUUCUGUCUGUUUUGUUCAAUGUGCUUGAUUGGCGGGCAGCUUCUGAUAAGAGUGAUGAUGGAGACAAUAAUCUGAUUCAUUUUGAAUCUUUGCAAGUCUGGAAUCUGUUGCCUCUCUGUCUCUUUUCAAAUUGCUCUCCUCAAACAAGCAGACCGAGGUUUUGGCGUUUUUUGUUUGUCGUCCGUUCACGUUGUACAGUUUAAAAGCCUAGUUUUUAGUUUGUUGCUGUAACUGAUGCCUUGAAAGACAUAAUGUGAGCAGAAUUGCUUGUUUUUUUUUAUUACUUUUACUUUUUGUAUCGUCCCCACAUACUAAUAAAUACCAGAUGGUUUUCUUCUUGCUACUCUGAAGCUGCGUUUGUUAAAGGUGUAAAUUCAGUGGAACUGAGCUACUUUGUAAAAGCUUCAAAUUAGUUUCCAACCUUAACGGUUUGCCACUCCACUGCACUUUGAUUUUAUUUUUUUAAGCUUUAGUUGUAAAUGAUGGAAAACCACACCUGCAUUCCCAGCACAUCCUCAUAUUUUUUGACAUGGGUUUUUAUUGAAAACAUCUGAUAUUCCUUUUUUUUUAUUGUAUCAAAGAACCGUUUGCUCUGUGAACUCAUUACCAUUUUGGUAUUUGGUACAUUUGGUUUGAUGCCUGGUGUACUGAAAGCAAAUUGACGUUGAAGAUUACAGCUGGUUACUUUUUUUUCCUUUAACCUAAUGGAGUGGAAAAAUCUAGAAGACUUCCGAAAAUGUAAGAAACAGGAUAUAAAACUCGGUUUUUCCUUAGCUUCCAAUAAAACUCUCUUGUAAAA